AUGGAGAUAGAACUCCUCGUCAGGCCCAAGAGCAUCCUAAUGUCUUUACUGACUGCCCGUGGCUGGAGCCAAGAGAUUACAUUCGCAACGAACAACAAGCAGCGCAAGCAAGACAACCGUGAUGCUCUUCGGGCGGCAAUCGCCCAGGCACUGACAACCCAAGGCCUCAGAACUGGCGUGCGGGUAGAGGAAUAUAAAAACUGGACUGUCACCGACGAACCGAGUCUUGAUGAAGUUCCAGGAUUCUGGAGGAUCGAGCUCGUUUCACGAGCUAUGACGACAGCUGAGAAUUGGCAAAGAGAAGUUGCCGAUAUCUUCGAGGCUAUGUACAAAUACUGCGACAUAACCCUCACCAAGGGUUGCUCGAUGCACGUCCACGUCUCGCCUUCCCUCGUGGCAACCAACCAGACCAUGUACACGAUGGACGAUGUGAGGAAGGUGCUCAAGGCCGUGGCAUACUUCGACGAUCCCAUGACUAGGAUGAUGCCAGCCGACCGGAAAGCCAACGAAUGGGCCAAAUCUAAUAUACAUAGCGAUACAACCCCAAGCAAUGUCAAGCAGACAUACCUGAAGGUGCGCCAAAACACCUGGAAGCCCCUAUUCAGGAUCUACGACAACAUCAAGAACAAGCACCACUUGCUGCUCGAGUUCAGCAAGGAUAAAUUCCUGUCGUGGAAUUUUAGGCAUUUGGUGGACGAGUGUGGCACCAUCGAGUUCCGACGUCCUCCGGGUGUCCGAACGGCGGCAGCUGCAAACCAUUGGGUCUCCUUCACUCUGGGCUUCGCUUCUGAGGCCCUGAGGGUGGAUUGGAGGUCAGUGGAAGAUACCACGGGCUACCCGAGCGUUGAAAACCUCGCCACCUUUGUGAAAAGCGGGAUCGUCAGGCUGGAACAGACAUCUCGGGACGCAAUUCUUGAUGCCCUGCUAGUCGAGGACAUCUCGCCAUCAACGGUUUAUUCUGCUGCCGAGCUUGAGAUAAUCAAGCGCAAGAAGGCCGAGAAGGCAAAAGCACCGAGCCCAUUUGCCGAAAAGGCCAAUUCACGCCCGAACACCCCGGCGUCAAGGACCAGCAGUCCUGGGGCGCAGUCGACUUCCUCGCGCGGGAAGAAGUAA